AUGAUUAGUAGGAUUCCAAUCAAUAUUACAAAUACAAAUGACAAACUGACAUGGAGGUGUACAAAGGAUGGUUCCUUCUCAGUAAAGAGUGCCUAUUACUUGUUACGUGUGAUGGAGGCUCAUGACCAGGGGCAGUCUUCUUCUGCAAUUCCACAGAAUAAGAGCUGGACUAUGAUUUGGAGUUUGGGUGUUCCUAAUGCAAACAAGAUGCUGAUCUGGAGGGCCUGUCAUGAUUCUCUGCCUACAAAGCUCAAUUUAUACAAGAAAAGGAUAGUGGAGUCACCCUUAUGUCCAAUAUGUCAAUUGGAGCAGGAAUCAGUUAUGCAUGUACUUUGGUCAUGUGUUUCAGUCCAAGUUGUGUGGAGCUUGUGCUCACAGAAGCUGCAGAAAGGUGUGGAGUCAAGGAAGAUAGUCGAGGUUGCAACUCAGGUUGUUUCUGAUUACAGUGAGGCUAAUGAAAAGGUUGCUGGGGUUCAGGAUCGACCAAGUCUAAGUGUUCCUAAUUGGAGUGCACCACCUUUAAAUGUCUUCAAAGCCAAUUGGGAUGUUGCAGUUGAUAAAGGUAAGUGCAAAAUUGGUGUUGGUGUCAUGAUCAGAAACUGGGAGGGCAGAGUGGUGGCAUCCUUAAGAUCACCAAAAGACUAUUUUCCUAAUCCUCAUUUAGCAGAAUCUUAUGGUGUUCUGAAAGCUAUUCUUCUUUGCAAACAGUUGGAACUAACUCAAGUGAUCUUUGAGGGAAAUGCAAAGCAAGUUGUCUUAACUCUCAACAAUCUAAACCAGGUUGAGUCCUCAACUGGGAUGAUUAUGUCUGAUGCUAAAGUUUUGUUAGGUUCUUUUGAAAGGUAG